AAAAUACCAUAUAUGUUAUGACAAGUAACUUGUACAAACGUGAUAUGUGUACUCUAUAUUUAUACUUAGUUUUAAUUUUUGGGGACGCCCCAAAAUGAUUAAACUAGUCUAUUUUUUUAGGACGAAUAGAGUAUAAUCAAAUUAAAUAUAUAACUCAAAACAAUUGGUAUGCACUAUUCACACAGUUCAUGACUUCAUGUAGCAUAACACAUCAUAAUUUUUCAAAGCACCUUUUAUCAUAGUCAUUAUAAUUAUUAUUUUGUCAUUAGUAACACUUUACAAGCUCGAGAAUUCAAUUCUCAAACCACUUUGUUAAAAUAAAAUCUAGCAUGCUCUAUUAUUUGACAUCUAGCAUCUUAAACAUGUAGAGGCUUUUAAGUCCCUUAGUAAAUUGCCCUUCAAUCUAAGUAAAUUUAAAUGCUUAAAAUGGUUAGGGGCGGCGGCAUAAAGAAAAUUUUAGCCAAUAUUAGUAUCUAUUCUAUCACCUAAAAUUGCCUUGAAAUAGUAAAGGAAAAUUUAUUUGGCCUUCAGCAUACAACCAUUGCCCUAUUAACUAAAUUAAGCGGUUCAGCCACCCUAAAUUCUUAAAAUAAGUAAAACCCUUAAAUGAAGGUGAUGAAUAUCCACAUAUCCAAUUUCUAAUCUCAAACUAAUCAAUGUUAUAGCCUGCCAUCAAUUGGAAGCUGUUGUGGAGUUGAGGCAAUUUUUCCCUUAAAGCUUCUAGCUAUGCUUACUCUCUCCUUAUUUUCUCACUUCUUGAACACACCUAUAAAAACUGAAUGGUGUGUGUGUGUGUGUGUGUGUGUGUGUGUGUGUGUGUUUAUAUAGGCAAAAAAAAUUGGGUAGCUAGUUGAGGCGGCUAAUUUAAUUGUUAAAGACUACAUGCCGGGGUGAGGAGGCUGCCUUCAUUUUUGACUGACAAUGGACUAAGACUGUUUGGUCAAGAAAGGUUGGUGAGUCAGCUGCCGAGUUUGACUAAGACAAACAAGAAUUGCUAUAGUCCACAAAUCUUUCAUACUCCCUAUAUAAAUGCUACUGAGAAAAAGGGGACGCCAAAUCUAGGAAGGUCUCAAAAACAUGGAAACACCUUCAAUUAUAGAAACUCAGAGCAAAGGAGCUGAGAUUUACCAGGGAGAAGCAUGCAAGGAGAACCUUGGGAAGCUCUUGGAGGAAUUCUCGGUGCCAAAAGGUGUGUUCCGUGUUGGUGAGAUCGAGGAGGUUGGCCUGAACCGAUCCACGGGGUUUUUCUGGUUGAAGCAGAAGGAGAAAACGGAACACUACUUCCCGGGCUUAGGGAGUAUGAUCUACGAUUCGCAGAUCACAUCCUCCAUCGAUCAAUCUCACUUGAAGAAUAUCACAGGACUCCAAGCGAAGCAGUUCUUCAUCACGGCUACAGUCAGCGAUGUACACGUUGGGGUCACCUCCGACGACACAGUCAAAUUUACCACUACACUUGGUUUGUCCCGUGACCAGCCGAUCUCUGCCUUUAAACCCGAAGAUGAGAACAAGAGUAUCUGAUAGAAGCAGAGUUUAUCCAUUUAGAAAGCCAACAAUAUAAAUUAUUUCUUGUUGCUAAUUUGCACUAAAAGAAACCUAAAUUGUUUCUUUUUGACAUACAACAGAGUGUACUCGGUUCAAAAUAGUAAAAGUUCUCUACUUUUAUAUUUA